AUGGUGUUGGCUUCUAUUCUGCAUUCCUGGUCGCAGAUUGGUGCAAUUAUGCUAUUUAGUAAGGAAAGCUCAAAACCUGUAACAAGAGUUCAAGCUUUCUUAAAGACACACACAAAGAAGAAUGGUGAACCUGUGAAUGCACAAGCUGCUGAAGUUAUUGAGAAGCUACAAGUUCUUGCAAAUGAAAAACCAGAUUCAUGCACAACACAGAAUACUGUACAAGAUGCUCUCACUAUCAUAUUUGGUCCUGACAAGAAUGGUAGAUCAUUAGCUAAUGGGAGGGGAGUAACUAAUACAAAGUUAGCUAUUCUAAGAGCAAGAGAUGACCAUAUUUCACAAUUGGAAUCAAGUCAAUGUGAGAUGAAGAAUAAAAUGUCUGAGAUGAUGAAUCUUAUUAAUACUAUUGCAAAAAGUGUAAACAUUCAGGGGUUUACUCAACCAAGUGAAGCGGAGUCACACAUGCCUUCUCCUAUGAGUGUUAAUAAUCUGAAGUUCACUCCUGAAAACAAUGCUUGCAAUUUACUUGAUUGGAAUGGAAGUGGAGAAAUUGUUGCAGAAGGUCGAUGGUCUUCUAGUGAUCCUUUAUGUGAGGUGCAUCAUCUUCGUCUUGGGCCUAAUGCAAUGAGAGUUUGGGUUGAUGUUGCUAAGAAACCUACUGCAUAUUUAUGGAGACAUCACAUAUGA